AUGAGCGACACCAGCACUAGCAUUUACUUCUUCUUUUCAACCAAUGUCAACCUUCGUACGUUUCUGACCAUGGCGGAUUUUCUGACCAAUAAAUCGGUCCGCCGGGGCUACGUGGUGCUGAGACGCAAGGAAAGCGAGGUAACGAUGGCCCUUGAAGUCUGUGACAAUGAGAUAGACCCGACUGUCUUCCUAGAGGGUAACAAGUAUCUUAAUUCCAAUAGUAACGACGUCUGUCAUAGUAUGGUCUUCGCUGAUAAGGGCCUCCGCCCCCAUAAUACCCCCUAUGUCCGAAAGGCCUUCCGUGUGAAGUAG